GUUCGGCGCGCGCCCCGGACGACGCAUUUGGCGGGUGGGACAUCCGCAAGGUCACAACGUUGUCAGCGAUGUUUCGCAACAGCUCGCUGACCAGACCAAAUGUUGCGGCGUGGGACCUCGUCAGCGUACGAAACCUAUCUCACAUGUUUGACAACGCGCGCACGGCCACUCCCGACGUGCGGACCUGGAACCUACACAAAGUCACAACCGUCGC